CACAUUUAUUUCCCGAUCCGGAUAUUUGGUCAACAUGGUUGGAAACCUUACGAGAAUCGAACUCGGGGUUUGAAAUUUCAAUGUUUGUGUGCUGAUCCUGACCCUGUGAUAAUGCUCACGAAUGUUUUCAGCCGUGUUCAGGGCGAAAUAGCGAGAUGCCGCGACGCCAACAGGCUCGUAACAGCCUUGGGCGAGACGUCCAUCAGGUGGAGGACGAAGCCUAGGUGGCUCCCGGUCGCCAAGAGCAAAAUGUUCAGGAUACCCGAGAGGAAGCCGCAGCCCAAGGAGGAGAGGGAAGAGCUAAAAAAAUUGCACAAUAUUUACAGGACGGAAUUUAAGUCGAUUAGACUAUUUUUCCAUAAUAAGAUACAAGAGAUGACAACGGGUGAAAGUGUCAUCAUGGAACAGAAGAAGCGCGAGGAGGACGAACACCUCAAGUGCAUCAGGAUCAAUGACGAAUGGAACCAAAGUGUCGCUAAACUCAGAGAAAAACUCCUUGCCGAGGAUAAGGAGAAGGAAUUGGAAGAAACACUUAAGCAGAUUGAGGAGAAUAGGUUACAACUUGAAAAACAGAAAGAAGAAGCAGAAAGACUAGUCCGAGAGGAAAAGGAGAGAUCGAAAUAUUAUAUAACCAAUGAGAACAUAGAUGAAGUGAUUGAACACGCCAUGGCAAACCCUGUCGAUUAUAAUUUUUGCAUCGAUUUGGAUUGCAAUGUUUACCAUGGUAGAUUGGCGAGGAAAGAACUACCUCCUAAAAAUGAAAUAGUCGAACCGAAGAACGAAGAGGUCGCAACUGGAUAGAUGCAUUGUAUAUUUUGCGACCCCUAGUAACUGUAAAGAAUUUUAUAAAUACAUUUGUUGUCAUUUUUUU